AUGCUGCCCACAAUGGAAGGCACCAGCGAGGUUCCUAAGGCCCGCUUUGCUGCAAAAUCUUUGAAGUUCACGCCGCCCUCGUGGCUGUUAAACGGCACAUGGGACUGGCUGGUUGAGUUUGAUGGCGACAUCUCCAUGGACAUGGCGAAGCUGCGGCCGCUGCUGGACAGAUACAGUGACAAGUCCUUGGUCCUCCUGAAGUGGUACUGGAAGGAAUGCCAACCCUGGGACUGCUUCCUGUGGGAGUGUGAGGACAUGCUCCAAAAUCGGAAGGAGUAUGUGGAGACCUCUUACGAGCGCAUCGUGAAGUGGAAGGAGCAGAUGAAGAAACUCCACGAGGACCCGAAGCAUCCUUUUGUCCCUGCGGCCUACUACGAGCUGAGCGUCAUGUUCCGCAACGUUGCGCACGCAAGGGCCGACGAGAUCAAGGACGCAUUCCGGCAGGUGUUAGAGCAAUGUCGCACCAUCCAGCGCGACCAGUUCCUCAUGCCUUUUUUCCUCUGGAACUCCUCAUUGGAACAGGACGUGGCCGCAAUUCCCAUUGACAUGUUGUAUUCUGACUUGAAGUAUUGCAAAGUCGACACCAGAAAUGCCAGAAAUUUGCUGGCGCAUCGAGACGUUCAUGCGAACAGCGACAUCAACGCCACGGGUCGACAAGACUUGGAUGUUGAUACCAUGGAUUCGUGGCCGAAUGAGUUCUCUCCAGAGCUUCACUUCGAGCCGCCGCUCACUGGCCACCCUGAACGGCUGCAGUCGCUGGGCGAGUCUGCAAAUGCUGCGGCCGAUGGCCUUGAAGAGGCAAAGGUCGCCCUUGCAGAGGAGGAUCAGCAGACACGUGACCUACGCAGCGUCGUCACGCGCAAUCAAGAGGCUCUCACGAAGCUGGAAGGCAAGCUCGCGAAUCUCGAGGCAGCCUGUGGCGCGGCCAGUGCAGGUCGUGGGGCGCUUCGAUGCCGCGAGGAGAACUUGCGUCGCGUCUUGGCCAACAACCGUGCAGACUUCCAGCGCCGGACCUCCCUGCUGGCAGAGUGUGGGGACCUCCUGCGACGCAUGAACAACGAGAUCCUCAGCCUCAAGGGCAACGUGCGGGUCUUCUGCCGUUGGCGCCCAGCCCUGUCCGGCCAGGAGGAGGCUUCGGAGACGGUGCCCGUGGAAUUUCGGGAAGACCUGCAAGGGAUCACAGUCUAUGGCACGCCCCAGCUGAAUGUGACGGGUCUAAGCGAGCAGACCAGGUCGUACCGAGCAAUGUGCAGGGGUUUUGGCGACAUGAUAUCCUCAAACGCAGAGCAAGCCGACUCACGUUUUGAGGAAGCCCUAUUUGAGGUGAAGCUGCAUGGCCCUCAUGCGCAAUGGAGGAAAGCCCUGCGCGCGGCCGACGGGUCGGGAACCAUGCGGCUUAGCCUUGCCGCGCCAAGGCUGUCCAAAGAGCAGCUGGCAGAGCUCGAGAAAGCAAAGGCGAAGCGGGAGCUGGACGAGAUCUUCGAGCGGAGUAUCCAUGUGACGUCCUUGAAAGACGAGGACUUUGCGAACGUGCUGGGGCCCGGCUGGAAACAGCAACAUCCCACCAAGAUCGACUUCAGCAGUGAUCGUUACCAGCUGGACACGCUGGAGGGCCCGUCGGGGGGUCUCCUUCACCCCCAGCUGCGCAAGCACAGGGUCCAGCUGGUGGAUGUUUCCAACAGCCACUUGAUGGACAUCUCGGUGUUGAACAAAGCCAACGGUUUCGAUUCGUUGCACACCAUCAUGGCAAGAAAGAACCUGUUGUCUCGCAUUUCGCUGAACCUGCCGAACUUGAUCGAACUGAACCUGGCGUACAACCUGCUCAAGAACAUGCCGAGCCUGGGUCUUCUUCCCUCCCUGGAGGUGCUGAUUUUGUCGCACAACCAGCUCAGCGGCAGUCUUGAGAAUCUGAAGUCCUCCAUGCGCAUCAAGCGCCUGGAUUUGGCGUACAACGAGUUCGACCCACAAGACUGGACCCCCUCGCAGCUCUCGCAAGCGCUGAACGCCAUGAGCCACCUCCGCAGUCUGCAAAACCUCCGGCUCUACCAUAACAAGUUUGUGGCAUGCUUCAAAGAAUACCAGAUCUAUGUGGUGAGCAAGCUGAAGUCUCUGCAGAAGCUGGAUGAUUGCAUCAUCACAAUGGACAUGCGGGAUGAGAUCGAGAGUACGAACCUCUUGGCCCUUGAUGUCUACGAUGUUGCCUUCAAGAAGCGACAGGAGGAGUUGGCACGGAAACAGAGCAAUGCUGGAAUGGGGCUUAAAAUGGGAGCAGGGGUGGGCAAGCUGAAGCUGAUCAUGGAGUCCUUGGAGGAGAUAUUGGAGGAGCCCAGUGCGCUGGCUGCCCGCAUCGGCAUCGUCCGUGAGAAUGCGGCCCUCAGGGCUCAAAGCAGCGGGGCGGAGGCAGUGGGCUUCGACGUCGAGGAGGUAUUUUGGGAUGGCAUGAUGGACCAUGGCAGCUCUGACAAGGAGAUGCAGAUCACAGUAUCCUACAUCCUUGAGCUGAUCACGGCAGUUAUGGAGCGCCACGACACGGCCCGGAACAACUUGGUGGACACUUUAGGCUUCUUGUCGUGCAUUGUCUCAUAUGACCUCGGCAACCGGUGCUUGGACCUGCUCCGACGCAUGAUGCUGAGCAGUGAUCAUUGCCGUGAAGAAGCAGGUCGCGGAGUGAAGACGAUCGUGGUCCCCACACUGCUCGCUUUUGGUGAGGCCGACAUCAACAGUGAGAUCACGAAGACGAUGCUCCUCGGUCUCCUCGAUCUGGUGCAGGAAAAGCAAAUCAGGGAGGAGGUCUGCGACAUUCUCGAGGAGUUGCUCCCUUUGCUGUUGAACUGGUUCCUCCAGGAAGAAUACCUCACCGAGGAUGGCGCUCACAUUGUGAAGCUCCUGGCCUCCAUCACAGUUCCGGAGGAGUACGCCACGAGGGCUGCCACACCUGAACUUGCGGCGAGGACAAUCAUGCACCUGGAGAACAAGGCCUUGUUCGAUAACAUGCGGCUCAGAAGCACCUGGAUCGACGUGCUCCAGAUCUCGCAGAACAUCAUCAUGUACGGCUCGCAGGAGAUCGUGGACAUGUUCUACAAAGCUGCAAGCCACUCCAAGGUCGUGGCUCGCCUCCGCCAGGUGCUCACGGCCACGAAAGGCAUCGGACCUUUUGGAAAGCGGAUCGCUUGUAUUUGUCACUUCGUCUCCGCGAUGAUGCAACGAAGCAAUGCUUCUCUGCAAGAGUGCUGUGAUCCCAUCUGCUUCCAAGACGUUCUCUGCCAGCUUCUACGGUCCCACCUCGUCGACCCACUGAUCUUGGAGGCGGUGACGAAGACUCUGCGGACGAUGCUGGAAGAUCCCAAGGUCUACAAGAAGCAGGCCAUCCGGGUCGUGGAGGAUCUGCGGAAGGUGACACCACUCCUCCAGUUUCUGGGGGGGAAGAAGUAUCCCGAUCUCUACAGGAUGGCCCUCAAGUACUCCGAGGAUCAGUCAGGUGAUGCUCCCCCGUUUGCAGAUCUCGAGAAUGACUGGGUCACCAAUGCCAUGAUCGGCAUUGUGACUUUGGUGGAAUUCUUCGCUGCAGAAGAUGAGAGCAUCGAGGACGACCAGGCCCGGCAGCUGGUGAACGAUGCGAUGAACACCCAGGGGAGAGAGACGAUUCUGCUGAAGCUUCUGGUGAUCCCCUGCGAUGACUUGAAGUUGAUCGUCAUGCGCUGCUUAAGCAAGGUGCCCCUCAGUCAGAUUGAGCCCGAUGAGAUGGGUGCUAUCGUGAAAUGCCUCUCCGACGUGAAGAAUAUCGGAGAAGGGCGCACUGAGGAAAUGCUGGCGUUGGUGGUGCGUCAGCUUGAGCGACUGCUGCUGGCUCCGGGCGACACCGGCCUUGACUUCCGACAGGGCUUCGCCGAACGAGCCGUGGCCGAGUGCAGUGAGAUCCUGAUGGCAAACUCAGCGCGCUCGACGGAUCGCGAGUCAGACGAGUUGGAGAAGCUAGCGCUUUCCUGCGCCAUCGUCAACUUCUACUUCAGAUGCAGUGCCAUUUCAUCCCUCCGAAGCUGCUUGAGGAAUCCCACCAUCGAUGCCAUGUUCCCUCGAAUCAUGAAGUUCGAAGAGGAGCUCCACAGCCCCUUGGCUGCUGAUGUGCGGCUCGAGCAGACCUGGCUGGGAAGGUCCCUGGAGAACCUGCUGCAGUGCUUCCAGGGAGGCAAAGUGCUCGUUCGUGGGAAGAAGGUGACGAUCCGAAUCCUUGCCCAGAUGGCCGAUGUCAUAGAAGGGCGCUCCUCCUAUGAGGAGCGGAGCCGCCGCCGCAGGAUGCGCACAUUGAAGGAGGUGGCAGCGGCGGAGGCGAAGAUGUGGGAUGUGCAGGACGUCCAAAAGGCGCAGAGGUUCUUGGACAACCAGGAGUUCGAAGACCGGAUUGCACAGGCGCAACAGUUUGUUAGUGCUGGCGGCCCCGCUCGAUUGCAGGACUUCCUGCUCGACCUUGCCGCGAAGGAGCGGGAGGAGUAUUACAUCGACCAGUAUCUGAAGGCUGGGGACAAGCCUGGCGCGAUUCUGAUAGAGGCCGAGGCGAAGAAGGCCGCAAUGCUCGAGAAGAUGGGGGAGGCUACGGCUCAACUGGCCUCGUCCGUCGCAACCGAAGAAUCCGUGACGGUGGUAGGUGUUACAGGGCUGCCAGCCUGGCUCGAGGAUACAUCCUUGGAAAGCUACCUGGCAGAGCGUGUACAAGGUAAUCUGCAGAACUUUGGCCUGAUUCAGGGUCGAGUGGCGGUCCAGUUUCAGGCUACGGAGCCGGAUGUUGACAGCCCUUCGGAAUCCUACGACGAGAUGCCUCAUCAGGGCGUCUGCUUCAGCAUGCAAUUGGACUCCGGUGGCCAGUGGCCAGUCGUGAGGUCCAUCAAUGUGGACUGCAGGAUCCAAGAAGCCGGCUCUUUCAUCAACCUGGGUGUAAGCACCAGCACCAGCACAACCGUGUCCGACUGGGCUGAGGACGUAUGGUCAGCUCGCCGACACUGGGAGCAGAGGUUGUUGUCCGGGCUAUCUGCCUACAUAAGGAGGCGAGAGAAGGAGGAGACUCCUGUGGACUCGCCGUUGUCGUCCUCCGUCUGGAACUUCACGUCCGAAAAUUACAACCCCAAGCGCCAGACGAUCAGAGACACUGAAGAAUCGGUUUGGAGGCUAUACGGGCCAAAGGCUUUGGGCCAGCUGCUGUCAGAGCUAAUCCUGAAUUGUGCCGUGAAGAUCGCGGCAAGGUUCCUGGAAGGUACACUGCUGGAUGUGCUGACGACCCUGCCUUUCUGGCCGGUUGGCCCCUUGAACUUCGAGGAGCACUUUCCACCAUUGUCGAAGCAAGACAUGUAUGUCGACUCAGACAAGCAAUUCUGUCCCGACCUGUUUUUGAGACUGGCGGCAGUGGUGUGGAAAGCAGCCUCUCAGGGCAUGCAAACGUUGGAUCUUGCUCUUUGGGAGCUGCGACAGCGCGGCAUGCCUUUAGUAAAACUAGCACUGCACACGCCGGUGCUGUACAAGUCUGGCGGGAGGCAUCGCAGUCUGUCGGGUCCGCUUCUGAUGUUCGUCGUGGAUCAGAUGAACAAGAAAGAGUUCGCCACAGACUUGGUGCAUUCUUUGAUAGCAAGCUCUGCAGACCCCAAUGCGGAGUAUGUCCUUUUCCCAACCGGCAAGCAGAGGGCAAUUGGAAGGUUCCCUCUCUUGUGCCUCGCGGGGAAUCGGCGAGCCCACAACCUGGCUGAAGCUUUUCUACGUCACGGGGCAGAUGUCAAUUGGGAGAUCACGCUAAACUAUUUCCCUCAUGGUGGCCAUGCGUUGUGGAGCGCGGUUUGGGGGAGCGACUAUGGCAUGAUCCGGCUACUGCUGAGCUUCGGCGAGGCCGAUGUGAAUGUAAGAGCCUGGCAUCCAGAUGCUCCGCCGUUGACAGGGCAGGCGAGGCACUUGCCGCUUCUGUCAUUGGCGUCCACUGCCUUGGACUCAGAACAUGUACACCUCUUGCUCGAGUGUAAAGCCGACAUUCAAGAGGAGCUGUCGCCUACAUUUGCUGCCUGUCACGCUGAAGUGACCCGGUUAUUGGCAAGCCACGUAGCCUAUAGCCACCCCCAGGCAAUUGUGCACAGGUGUGAUGAACUGCAGGGCACCUGUGGCGUCUGGAUCGACUGGGUGUUUCAAGAAAUAGCUGGUGACAUCACUUCCAAGCGGCUAUUUCGCUCUGCGUUGUCAGCUGCCAGUGACGAUUUGGACUUGCACAGGUCUUUCAUGGCAUUUUUGUGUGACUUAAUCCAGCGCCUACCGACGGCUGCGGCCGAGCUGCUGGACAAGAUCUGCCUGCAGAGCCCGCAUGUCCAGGAACCGGGCCGACAUCCGUUGAGAACGAGAUGCCUCUUCCAGGCACACGAGCUGCACACGGCUUACGUUGCAGAGACCAAAUGGGCACCAGACGGCACUAAAUUUCAAAAUACACUGGCGCCGCCUGCACGCCAAGCUGGAGAAAGGUAUUGUGGGCUUUUUCCAACUAUGCGGCAAGUGGAGUUCUGCGACAUACAACUAGUCGGCAUUCCAGGCCUUGUUGAUGAGCGUGUUCUACUGUCGCUUCAGACAUUGGAAUGGGAAACGCUUGUGAAGAUGCUCACGGGGAGCAUCGUCUUCCAAGCUUUGGUGGAACACAUGUGGAAAGCUGGCAUGCGAAAGACACACUACAUGCAAGCAGCAACGUCGGUGAUUCAAUUCUGUUGUUUGCUGAUCUGGUGGCAAAGGACCGAGACUGGUGUGAUGGCUUCGUGCUGGGCGGUAUUUGCAGGAUCCGUCGGUUUCCAGCUGUCGAACAUCCUGCUUCUAAUUCACGCGCGCAAGGUCCCUUUGCUGCGGCGUGUCAUCCACGCUGGUAUGGGCGUACAUUUGGUGGCUUCCGGCUGGUUGGCGUGGGAUGAGACCCCGCGAGAUGAUUACAAGUCAUCCAUGGCCGUCAACGUAGUUGCGGUUGUUGUAUCCAUUGUAUACAACUGUCGUGUGCUCCAACCGUUUGGCAUACGAGUCGGCCAGAGUAUCUUGCCAAUCCUGAACUCUGUUGGCAGGCGUGAAUUCGCGGCGAUGGCGAUGCUGAUGUUCGUUACUCUGUUCGCCACGCUCUUGUAUGUGUGCAUCGAGUUCGACACAGACGCAGCAGGCUUUGCUUCAGCUGCUUUCCAGACAUGGCAAACACUCAUUGUGGGUGAGCCAACGCUGGUCGAUGCCAGUGACAGCAAUACAAACGUGAUCAGGUAUCUGGCAGUGUCUUUGUGCUUCUUUGCCUGCAACACCGUGCUCAUGAACAUUCUCAUAAAUGUCACUGGCUCCGUCUAUCUCCAAGAGACGGCAAAUGCCGUGGGCAGCUUGCAGGCAGAGAGGCUUCGCAUUUGCGUAGAGGCUGUGGCGGGAGCUCACUUUACUCGGUGUGCAGUUUUCAUAGAAUGUCUUGCAGGAUGGGGUCUUUGGCUGAUCCUAAUUCUCGCAGCUUCGAACAUAUGGAAUGCGUUGAACAUAUUGAUUGCUAUGGCUUGCUGGCUUGUUGGCUUCUGCUUACAGUGGCAUGUGGCACGGCGAGCAGCUGCCGCCAUGGACAACUUCGAAGCAUCGUCUCAUGCGUUGGAGCCUGGGGCUUUGCGGUAUCUUUGGAUCUGCCGGCCAACAGACCACGCAGAAGUCCAUGCCUCCAGCAGGCAUCGCAGUAGCCGGAGUCCAAGAGCGGGCGAGCGCAGCCCCAUGGCUCAGGUUCAAGCUCUUAAGUCAAGGUUCGACCGGCAGCCCCAUAUUCAGUUCAUGGCAGACGACAUGAAGUCCACAGUUUCGCUUUGA